AUGCUAGGCGGCAGCGUCCAGCAGAUGAGACAUUCAUAUCUAGAUAGAGCGCGGGAAACUCGGCGCCGAGGAAAACACCAUGAGGCUAACGAGUCGAUUGAAGAGGAUUCUUAUGAUACUGCCCUUUUCUUUUUCUGUCUUUCUCAUUCUUUGAUCUCGAUCUCUAGUCCAAUCGGAGGUAGUACUUCCUCCGACAUUGCAGCCCCAGCCGUUGAUCUUUCUGUCACAGCACGACUGGGAAUGGGGCGCGACUGCAUUGCGUGGUUCUGCAUUGGCAGUAGCCAAACGUAUCACUCCUUGGUGAUCUGA